AGCUCCAGGAUGCCACGCUCGUUCCUGGUCAAGAGGAAGCAGGCGCUGUGUGGAGGAUGGCAGUGGACGGAGCCGGACCUCAGCCUCGGGCCCGCCGCAGUAGCUGUACAGACACACAGUGCUGCUGGUCUGGAAUCGGUGUCGGAGCGCGUCCAUAAACACACACCUGCUUCUGAAGCUCUGGAGCGCCGCAGAGAGGAUUAUGGGAUGGAGAGAGUUCCGGCGUCCCAGAGUUCUCUUCCUCUUCCUCUUCCUCUUCCUCCCGCUGCUUUAACAUCAGCACCACUGAACAAGGCGGCGCGUGAAUGCGGCGGCUCGUCGGAGUUUCUGUGUUCGGUGUGUCAUAAAGCGUUCCCGCUGCAGCGCAUGCUCACGCGACACCUGAAGUGUCACAGUCUGAUCAAGAGACACCCGUGCAGAUACUGCGGGAAAGGCUUCAAUGACACCUUCGACCUCAAGAGACACAUGCGCACACACACCGGUAUCCGUCCGUACAGGUGUGACCUGUGUGAGAAGGCCUUCACUCAGCGCUGCUCUCUGGAGUCUCACCUGAGGAAGAUCCACGGCGUGCGGCAACAGUACGCGUACCGGCAGCGGCGCUCCAAGAUCUUCGUGUGCGAGGACUGCGGCUUCACCUCGAGCCGACCCGACGAAUACUUCCUCCACGUGAGGCAGCAGCACCCGAGCAGCCCGGCCCUGCGCCGCUACUACCGCAAACACCUGCUGGAGAACCCGCCGAACCACGGCAUCGGGCCCUUCGUGCUGUAUCCCUCCGCCGGCCUCUACAUGUGAACAACUCCAGCCUCAAACACUCACGCAGACUCUUAAAGGGACCCACAAACGCUCUUACAGUAACGUCAAUAGAACGAUCAUUCAACGUUUUCUGCUCUUUAAUAAUGUUCUCACACAAAACAUCGUUCAAGGAGGGUUUUUUCCUGAAACUUUCAGUUUUUACAUUUUUUUAUGUUACUACUUGUUUCGGAAGAACAUUCAAA